AUGAAAAAAAAAGAGAGAUUGACAUGGACUUGCAAGUAUAGCGAUGGCAGUAAGAAAAUCAGAUGUAAUCCUGAUAGAAAAAGGCAAGGAACUAGCUUCAAGACUGGAUGUCACUUCAUGAUUCGAGUUGCCUACAAUUCAUUAGAAGAGUGCUGGUUUGCUAAAAAGCCCCGCACAGUCUACAAUUAUGAGUGUACUGAAGGCUAUAACAGAACCACAUCUCAAGGAAAAACAAAGCUCCUGACUUCUGGCUUUUCUGUGAUGUCUGAAAUGCUUCAAAGCAACUUCGGCAUUGCCGAAUACCAUUCUAUAGCUACCAAGAUAUUGCUAAUUAUCCCCAAUGAAACUAAAGAGACUGAAAAAGCAAACAUUAAAAUAAAUAACGCGAAAGUUCUUAUUGCUCAAACGGAAAAUGCUGGAUAUUGGGCUCAGUAUCAAGUAUAUCAAGAAGAGAACGGUACGCCUAUCGUAUUGAAAGACAUUUUCUUUGGACAUAAAAAUAUGACGUACAAUGCCAAAAAAUUAGGUCAAGCUUUGGUGAUUGAUACAACUUACAUGCAAAUGCCUCUGAUCAGUGUUUAUGUCGAAUGCAGCCUUGUUGAUGAGUAG